AAGGCGCAGGCGCGGGGAGGGGUUGGGGGAGGAGGGAAAGCGGCGAGUAAGAUGGAAGAUGAGGAGGUCGCUGAGAGCUGGGAGGAGGCGGCAGACAGCGGGGAAAUAGACAGACGGUUGGAAAAAAAACUGAAGAUCACACAAAAGGAGAGGAAAUCCAAAUCUCCUCCCAAAGUGCCCAUUGUGAUUCAAGACGAUAGCCUUCCCACGGGGCCCCCUCCACAGAUCCGCAUCCUCAAGAGGCCCACCAGCAACGGUGUGCUCAGCAGCCCCAACUCCACCAGCAGGCCAGCCCUUCCUGUCAAGUCCCUAGCGCAGCGGGAGGCAGAGUACGCAGAGGCCAGGAGACGGAUCUUGGGCAGUGCCAGCCCUGAGGAGGAACAGGAGAAACCCAUCCUUGACAGGCCAACCAGGAUCUCCCAACCCGAAGACAGCAGGCAGCCCAGUAAUGUGAUCAGACAGCCUUUGGGUCCUGAUGGGUCACAAGGCUUCAAACAGCGCAGAUAAAUGCAGGCAAGAAAGGAUGCCGCUGCCGCCACCAUCGCCUCCUGGAUUGUCUGCCAUGGGUCGCACUGCCGUGGCAGACAUCUGGACUUGAGCAGAGGGAACGACCUGACUUACUUGCACUGUGAUCCCCCUUGCUCCGCCCACUGUGACCUUGAACCCCAUGCACUGUGACCUCUGCCUCCCCCCCUUCCCACUGUGAUUGGCGUGUUGACAAGGGCUGUCCUAAGUCAAUAGAAAGGGAAAGGGUGGGGAUUAGGGGAGGAUUGGGGGAACCUACCAAGGACUCAGAGUAGAGGGUCAGACAGUGCCACUUGGCCACUUGGGGUAAAGCCAGUGCCAGCAAUAACAGUUUAUCAUGCUCAUUAAUUUGGGAUUUCAAAAGACAAAUGAAAACUCCCCCCACCCACCCCAAGUGCAUGUCGCCAUCACUUAAAAGGAAGUUCCAUUGAAAAUAUCCUUUCCUUUUUUUUCUUCCUAUUUUUGUUUGUUUA